UGCCUCAAAAGAGGAAAGACGAUAGAUUCAUCUUUGCUUUUUCGUCUUCGUUUAGAACAACAAUGUCAUAAAGUUUGAUCCUUUCUCUUCCAGAGUUUGGCCUUCAGGUAAAAAUGGCUCGCGAUCGGCGGGAAGGUCUGGAGAUUAAGGUGGUGGAUCCACCGGCGGCGACGAUGAGUAAUGUGUCUGUGGAAACGUCUCGGAGACAACAGAGAGCUUCGUUUGCUGAGUUUAGGCCGUUUAAGCUUUGGUUUCCAUGGCUUGUUCCAGCUAUCGUUGUGGCUAACAUUGCCCUUUUCGCCAUUUCGAUGUUUAUUAACAAUUGUCCUAAGAACUCGCCUAAUUGCUCAGCUAGGUUUCUUGGGAGAUUCGCUUUUCAGCCUAUGAAAGAGAAUCCUCUUCUGGGUCCUUCUUCUUAUACAUUGGAGAGAAUGGGGGCUUUAGAAGUAUCAAUGGUGGUUCAUAAACACCAAGUGUGGCGCUUGUUCACUUGUAUAUGGCUACAUGCUGGGGUUUUUCAUGUUCUUGCCAACAUGUUGAGCCUUAUCUUCAUUGGCAUCAGGCUUGAGCAAGAAUUUGGAUUUGUGCGCAUUGGAAUGCUCUAUAUGAUAUCUGGAUUUGGUGGAAGUUUGUUAUCUUCUCUCUUUAACCGAGCUGGUAUAUCCGUUGGUGCCUCUGGAGCAUUAUUUGGCUUGCUUGGUGCUAUGCUUUCAGAACUCCUUACCAACUGGACCAUUUACGCAAAUAAGUUUGCAGCUCUUUUGACUCUCAUCUUCAUCAUAGCCAUUAAUUUAGCAGUAGGUAUUCUUCCACAUGUAGACAACUUUGCCCAUCUUGGAGGAUUCACGUCUGGGUUUCUUCUAGGCUUUGUUUUCUUGAUCCGUCCUCAGUAUGGCUACUUCAACCAGAGAAACAAUCCUCGGAGUUAUGGUGCACCAUCGGCUAAAUCCAAACACAAGCCAUACCAAUACAUUCUCUGGAUCACCUCUUUAAUACUUUUGAUAGCUGGGUAUACCGUUGGACUCAUAGUGCUUCUUCAAGGGACAGAUUUAAACAAGCAUUGUUCAUGGUGCCAUUAUCUCAGCUGUAUUCCUACGUCGCUAUGGAGCUGUAAAUCUCAUAAUGUCUACUGUCAGUCGAGCCAAAUUGGGCAGCAGAUGAACUUGACAUGUAUCGCGAAUGGGAGAACGGAGAUGUACAAGCUAUCUAACGAUAUACAGUCUCGGAUUGAGCAGUUGUGUUCCCAAUUGUGCCGCUGAUACUACCACUAAACGUCUAAUUUACUCUGUAGAAAGUUAGGAAUGCCUUUGGAGAAGAGAAAGAUUGUUCAGUUAACAUGAUCAUGCACUUGUGGAUCUUUCUUUCUGAUCAUUGUUUGGUUCUACUUCUUGAUUUACUACUGCAUAUGUAUGAACCAUCGUCUCUAUUAAUGAAAACAUAGAUUAAGAGAAAGUUGAACAAA